AUGGCGGCGUCGGUCGCCUCAGGCCGGGGCCCCGCAGCCGAGCGAGAUGAGAAGGAUCUCCGCGGACGGGCGCGAACCGGACUCGUCCUGGCGCUGGUGGGGGGCUGCCGUGCCGCUGCCCGGGAAACCACACCGCCGCUGGGCGCAGGGUGCGAGGCGGGGAGUGAGGGCGAGGGCGGCCGGAGAGCGGGUCGACUAACGGGAGGAGCAGGCAGAGGCGGCGACUCCGGCGGCGGCGGCUGCUGCGACUGCUGCUGUCGCUCGCGAGGCUGCCGCUUUUCUAGAACCUUCCCUCCGACCAACGCGUCUUCCCCUCCGCCUACGUCAGUGCGGCUGCGCAGACGCACUAACGGCCGCCAACGGCGCGGACAGGCUACGCUCGCCCUACGCCAGCGGCGUACCCCGCCCCCGCAGGGCGGGCUGCUUCCACGCCUCCAAGUCCGGGAGCCACCGCCCCCUCCGCCCCCUUCCUCCAGCUCCGCCCUCCCUCCCCGCUCUGGGGCCACCACUCGGGUCCGGCCUGCCCCGACUCCACCGUCCCAUUCUUUCCCUCGGCCCCCACCCCCACCCGUGGCCGACCCCGCCCCCACCCGUGGGGAGGAAGUCCUUGCGGCCCCGCGUUUUGGCGCCAGCGCUGACGCCGACGCGGCGAAUCCCCAGCCCAGCCCGAGCCUGCGCGGCCGCCGGGCCCCCCGCAGCUGCAGCCGCGGUCGCCCUCCGCCCCUAGUCCCGUCCUCCUCUCUAGGGACCGCAGGGCGGCCCGCGACGGUAAGUGGAGCCGCCGCCGCCCCUCCCCCACGCUCUCGGCGCGGCCCGGAGGCGGUGUCCGAACGCCCCUCCCGCCCCUCCCCCCUCCAGUUCCCGCCGCCUGGAGCCCUGCCCCUGACGUCAUCGCCCCGCCCCGGCCGGCUCUCGGGCUCCGCCUCCGCGCUCCCUCAUCCCCCCCCCCCUCCCCCUCCGUGCUCAGCAGCGGCGGCUCCAGCGGUAGCAGCAGCGGCAGCAGCAGCAGCGGCAGCGGCGGCCCCGCGCAGCCCAGCCCCGCGCUCGUCCGCCCGCCGCAGCCCCGGUACCCGUCUCGCCCGCUCGCUCGGAGGCAGCAGUAGCAGCAGCGGCGGCGGCCGCGGGCAGGGCUCGCACGCAGGCGGGCGGCGGCAGCAGCAGCGGCCCGGACCCGGAGCGGCGGUGAAGUCGGUGCCUUUCUUGCUCUCCCCUCCCCUUCCCCCCCCCCCCGGGGCCCUGGGGCCGGGCGGGGGGGCGACCACGUCGGGGCUGGACUGGCGCGCCGGGCGGGGGCCGCGGCGGCUACGGGACCCCCCCCCCCCACGGACGCACCGCAGGCCCGUCCCGUUAGCUCUGGUCAAGGCCGGCGCAUCCGGCGCCAGGCCCGGCUCCGCGCGCGGCUGCGGGCCUUUGUUCCCGCCCCCGCUGGCGUCCUUAAGGCGGGAGCGGCGGGUGGGGGGCGGCCCGGGACCGGUCGGGGGGGGGGGCGGCCGAUGGUCCGCCCAGCAGCGUGGCCUGGCCUUGGACUGCGUCCUCCCUUUGGCCUUGGCCUCGGGAGCGUGGGCAGGGGGCGACUGGGCGGCCACGUGA